AUUCUCUCUUCCGGUUGUCAGCAUUGACCUCCCAAGAUGGCGGUGGUACGAGCUCUAGGUGUCCUGUCCAGAUUUACAGCAAGGGGAAGAUAUAUACUGCUUUCAGGUGCCUCUGAAAGAAGCUUCAGUGUUGCACCCUGCUUAAUGGCUCGUACAUAUGUCAACUAUGAGGUAAAGGGAGAUGUGGCUGUUAUUCGCAUCAACGAUCCAAAUUCUAGGGUGAACACCCUAUCAGUUACAAUGCAAAAGGAGAUGAUCGACGUUUUUGAUGAGAUUUGGGCGAACGACGCAGUCAGAAGUGCUGUACUGAUCUCUUCUAAGCCUGGCUGCUUCAUUGCAGGAGCAGAUAUCAACAUGAUCCAGGCCUGUAAGAGUGAAGAGGAAGUAAGCAAACUCUCUCAGGAGGGGCAGAAGAUGUUUGAGAAAGUUGAGAAUUCUCCAAAACCAAUUGUUGCUGCCAUCAAUGGAUCAUGUCUUGGUGGGGGACUAGAGUUUGCCAUCGCCUGCCAGUACAGAGUGGCCACAAAGAGUAAGAAGACAGUUCUGGGCACUCCUGAGGUCAUGCUGGGUCUUCUUCCUGGUGCUGGAGGAACGCAGAGGCUUCCCAAAAUGGUUGGGCUACCCAGUGCCUUUGACAUGAUGCUAACAGGAAGGAACAUUCGUGCGGAUAAAGCCAAAAAAAUGGGGCUGGUUCACCAAUUGGUUGACCCACUUGGCCCUGGAUUGAAGAACCCAGAGGAGAGAACUAUUGAAUACUUGGAGGAAGUAGCGGUAGACUGUGCCCGUGGAAUUGCUGACAAGAGAAUCCAACUCACUAAAGAAAAGGGUUUGAUGCAAAAAAUACAAGACUAUGUUAUGAGCUUUGGGUUUGUGCGUAAUCAAAUAUACAACACCGUACAGAACAAAGUCAAGAAACAGACAAAAGGGCUGUAUCCUGCUCCCAUGAAAAUAAUUGAGUGUGUAAAGACCGGUGUGGAGCAGGGCUUUGAUGCAGGAUACCUGGCAGAGUCUCAGAACUUUGGCAAAUUAGCAAUGACCCCAGAAUCCAAUGCACUUAUUGGACUGUAUCAUGGCCAAGUUACUUGCAAGAAGAACCGAUUUGGAGCCCCGGAGAAGGAGGUUAAAACCCUGGCCAUCUUGGGAGCAGGGCUGAUGGGGGCAGGAAUUGCCCAGGUCACUGUGGAUAAAGGUGUUAAUAUCAUUCUUAAGGACACCACUCUGGAGGGACUUAACCGAGGGCAGCAGCAGGUUUACAAAGGAUUAAAUGACAAGACGAAGAAGAAGAGCAUUACCUCAUUUGAAAGGGACAGCAUAAUAUCCAACCUCACAGGACAGCUAGAUUACAGUGGCUUCCAAAAGGCUGACAUGGUCAUUGAAGCAGUAUUUGAGGAUCUCAACAUUAAACACAAAGUCCUAAACGAAGUCGAAGCUGUCAUUCCUCCCCACUGUAUAUUUGCCACCAACACAUCAGCUCUCCCAAUCAAAGACAUUGCAGCUGCCAGUAAACGACCAGAAAAGGUAAUUGGAAUGCACUACUUUUCUCCAGUGGACAAGAUGCAACUUCUGGAGAUCAUAACUACUGAUAAAACCUCCAAGGACACCACCGCCUCUGCUGUAGCCGUUGGCCUAAAGCAAGGCAAAGUCAUUAUUGUGGUUGGGGAUGGACCUGGGUUUUAUACCACUAGGUGCUUAGCUCCCAUGUUAGCCGAAGCAGUCAGAGUACUGCAGGAAGGCGUGGACCCCAAGAAGCUGGAUUCUCUGACUACAGGCUUUGGCUUCCCAGUGGGUGCUGCUACUCUGGCUGAUGAAGUGGGUAUCGAUGUCGCCGCUCAUGUGGCCGAGGACCUGGGCAAAGCUUUCGGCUCAAGAUUCGGUGGAGGAAAUCCCGAGCUGCUGAAAACAAUGGUGGAGAAAGGAUUCAAAGGCCGUAAGUCUGGAAAGGGGUGCUAUGUUUACCAACCUGGACUUAAACGCAAAGAUGUCAACCCAGAACUAGGGGACAUUCUGGAGACUUAUAAGAUGACCGCAAACCCUUCAGUGUCAUCAGACUCAGACGUGCAGUACAGACUGGUGUCUCGCUUCGUGAAUGAGGCUGUGCUGUGCCUACAGGAGGGCAUCCUCGCCAAUCCAGUGGAGGGCGACGUUGGAGCGGUGUUCGGCCUCGGUUUCCCCCCAUGCCUUGGAGGUCCCUUCCGCUUUGUGGACAGCUUCGGCGCAGACAAAUUGGUGGAGAAGAUGAGACGAUUCGAGGAGGUGUACGGAAACCAGUUUACUCCAUGCACACUUUUACUUGAACAUGCCAAGGAUCCAAGCAAAAAAUUUCACAAGUGACCCUGUCGAGACGUGCCAACAAUGAAUUCCUCUUUCUUGUAAACAGAAAACUUGCUGCACUUAGAGGUCAUAAUGUAUUAAUUAUGUAAAAGACCUCUUUUUUGUUAAUAAGUCAUAAAAUAGUUAAUGUGACUGAGUAAUAUUAAAGUAAUAUUUCUACUGAA